AAUGACAUUGACAACAAGUCCAUCGAAUACUCUAAACACUUCAAAACGACACGAAACUUCAAUGAAGCAAUAUCAGGACGUUGUUGAUACAAUAUUUAAUACGGAUACCGUAUCAAAUUACUCGAGAGAUGCCUUUAUAUCGGCAGCUAAGGAUGGCGAUGCAGCAAAAUUGGAAAGUUUACUUAAAGCUAGAGGUGAAAAGGCUGUUACAGUUGAUGUACGAGACAGUAAAACUGGCCGAACGGCCAUUCAUUGGGCUGUUCAUAGAGGUUACGCAGACUGCGUUGAUGCUCUUUUAAAGAACGGAGCUGACAUAACUCUCAGGGACAACGAUGGACAUACUCCUCUUGAAUUAGCUUCACACAUAAGUAUGAAGUCCAAACUACUCACUGGUGUCGAAAACGGUGGAAAUCACCGAAACCUUCUCCAGGCUUCUUGGCAGGGCGAUAUAGAUACCGUAAACACUAUUUUGAAGAAUGAGAAUGUUAACGUAAACUGUCUUAAUUCUGAUGGAUUUACUCCUCUACUUUUAGCUGUAAGAGAUAUGAAUAUUAUGGAAAAAUUCAGCCCUUCAAAGUGCGAAUCACUGGCCGUUGUUAGACGACUUUUGCAAUCUAAAGCUGAUUUAAAAGCCACUGACCUCCAGGAGAGGUCUAUUAUUCAUUUAGCUUGCUCGUCAACCGCUGAAUGUGCGGCUGAAGUGCACUUAGAUAAUCAAGAUGUCAGAGAUAAGAGACAGUUUGCGGCUGUUCAUUGUGCUGCUCAAGCUGGAAAUACUGGAGUUUUAAAAACGGUUCUAGACUGCGGGGCCGAGGCGAAUUCUAAGGGUUAUUCUGGAUCUACAGCAUUACAUAUAGCGGCAAUCAAUGGUCACGAGGAAUCGACAAAGUUGCUUUUGAAACGAGGUGCUGACGUCACUUCAGUCGAUGAUGCUGGUCAUACACCGGCCGAUGUGGCAAAGACAAAAAGAAUAAAAACUCUGCUUCGGCAGGCUUGGCAAAAAGCAACCGAAGUGCCACGCACUUUAGCUCCUGUUAGAGCCCCCAGCCGUCAAGAUUCAAAUUGCCCCAUUACAAAAGAAAAAACUACUGAUUUAAUUAAAUGUAGUCAAAACGAUCAACCUCCACCACUUGAUGCUAUAAGUUCAGCAGCUGCAGCAGCGAAUGUCCUAAAGAGACAAAUGUGUAAUGUGGAAAAGAUUAAAAAGGCUGAGGAAAAAUUACAGAAAGAUAUUGAAGAUAGUAUACAUUCUCAUGUCUCUGGAGCAUUAACUCAAAGAAAACUUUCUACUCCGUCAAGAAUCUUACCCAAUAUUAGUACUUGCAACACAGCCUCAUCAUCACCCCGUAAGAGUGCUAAAAUUCGCUUCAGUCCUGAUACCAAGUCAAGGGAUGGAACAGAGUCAAGAUUAUCCUCUGCAAAGAGGCAUGGACGGCAUUUCUCUGAACCUACACCGCCGAGCAAACCUCAACAGUUUCCAAUAAGCGUUGUGAGCAUAGACGGCCCAGGGACGGGUGAUACUGUGCGACUGAAUCCUGUACCUCCUAUUGGAAAGGAUAGAAGAAAGUUAGGGCAUAGGCGAACUGGAUCCGAUCCCAUAUCAUUUCCCUUCCUGAGUUAUGGCCCAGAAGAACCCACAAGGUGUCAAUCUAAAGCAUCUGUUAUAACAUUAGAAAUGGAGGACGAAUGUUCAAAUCCUCUAGCCUCCACCAGUCAAAUAUUGUCAUCGCCCACGAAGAAGAAUACAAUAGAUCAUACGCUAAGGAUUAGUGAACGCAUUCCUAUACUUGAAACAUGCGGAACCCCAAAACUCCGCUGCCGUUCAACUGAAAUGCGUCUGGUAGACUUGUCUUAUGACUUUGGACCUCUUUCAAAGGAGAGUUCUCCUCGAACUGAUGAUGAAGCAAGCGAUUCAGAUAGCGGUGUUAGAAAACAAAGAAGUCAUUCAAUGUUGUUGUCGGGAGAAUUUAUAAUUGAAAAAAGUAGAACGCAUUUACAAAGGCAAUUAUCCAGGUCUUCCACAUGUAGUAACUCCUCCAGCGAAGGCGAAACCACUCCACGAACGAAUCGUUCAAAAAAGACUGAACUACUAUUAGUAGAAAGAAGGUCCUUGGACAGAAUACCAUCUGCCAGAGACGAAGAAGAAAAACAAGAGAGAAUUGAGGCAGCUAUAAUUUCCUCUUCUCUUGAAUUAAAAAGGAACGAAUCCUCUGAGGAUUUAUGUCCAGCUCAAAUAACUUCUGAUCUCAGUUCAAAUAAAACUCAGACUAGUACUCCAUCAACGUCAUCUAGUUUUGAAACAAAAUCUUCAGACGAAGUAGCAAAAGUUAACUCUGAACAUGCUAAAGAGACGGAAGGAGCAAGUGGUGCAGUAGUGAACCAAACAAUUGUAGCUGAUCCGGCUAUUAGAGUAAUCACAAAAUGUGAAGAUGAAACAGUAAAUGCAAAACCUAUUCAGGAAAAAGAUAACGUAGGCAAGGACGAUGUCGACUCCAAACGAAAAAUCAGCCAAUGCCGUGCACCGACUGUACAGAAUAGAUUGACCUCAAAGCAAACAAGUAAUGUUAAGAAAACUUCAGUUAAAGCUGUACCAAAAGCCAUAAAGAAAUUAGAACCAAUCGCCAACAAAGCUGUACUUCAACAAAAAACUCCAAAGAAAUCAACUUCAGAGGAUCCAAAAGAACAGAAAAAGGCUAUGUCUGCCAAACCAAUUUUGAAAAAGGAAGCCACAAAUGCUGAAUGUGAAAAAGCAAGAAACGCAGAUUCGUCACCAAAUCUUCCUAAAGCGACCGAAGCAAAAAAGACAAAACCUUUUGAACAGUACACUUCCCCUGUCAUUUCAGAUCCUUUUGAAACAAUUAGACAAGUGCAAGAGAAAGCUGCUCUAAUUCAGAAAGAAAAAUCAAAAAUAUCGGCUAAACUUUCAACUAGAAAAGUUCCUUCAUUGUCAGCUGCAUCAAAAUUAAAACCAAAGAUUAAUAAACCAACUUCUGCAUCUGCUAAAAGAAAAGUUGCUAAGGAUCCCCCGGAUGCGAUUCAAGUGACCCGACCGAAAUCUGGUAAAAAAUGUAAAAAAGGCAGGGUCAAGUCAGCGAAUAAGAAGAAUAAAUCUCUUGUCAAUCCUAAAACAGAAGGCGUUGGAUUUAUUUCAGGGCAGGGUUGGCAUAUCCAGACAGGUCAAUCACAACUUGAGUUAGCUCCAGGUGCAACAGCAAAGACAAUCGAUCAAUUCUCAGCAGAUGACGAUAGUCCACGUAAAGGUUCCGAGUUUUUCGGUGAAAUUGAGUUUAAAUGGGAAAACGAAGAUAACGAAAGUGAAAGAUUAAGUGAAUGUGGACUUGAACUGAACAACAGCGAUAAUGAGAGUGGAGAUGAGUUAGUGUCAGCUGAAAUAGUGGAAAAAGAAGUAAUUUUUUCGGCUAUAGAUGAAGAGAGUGAAACGAUAUUAGUCAGUGACAUUGAAGAAAGACUUAAGGCACUCCCUACAAACGAUAUUGAGGCAUAUUCACCUGCUCAGGUAAAAACUCCUGAGAAACUAAAUAAUAAUGAAAACCUUAAUGAAACCAUUGAGGAGAUACUUCGUAGUGUCCAUCCAUCCUACACUUCCCCAAAGAAUACUACACCGAGAAAGAAUUCAUUAACACAAGUCUCCUCGAGAGUACAAGAAAUUUUUCCAUUAAGUGUUCGCGAAACUUCUGAGAAUCCACAAAACAUUUUGGAAAAUAAAGUAAUACUCUUGGAAGAAAACUUGGAUCAAGAGACGGAAGUGAACAGCGACACCAACUUUAGUUCAGGAACUUUAAAGUAUAACAGUAAUCAGGCUGAAAGCAAUGAUGAAGCUACUCAAUCAAGAACUAUUACAAGUAGACUAGGCCGUAGGUGUUCGCUUGCCUCUACAAAUUCAAGUUGUAUGUCUCAAACGAGCGAUGAAGAAGAAAUAAAAUGGAAGAAAGGCCACCUGUUAGGGAAAGGUGCGUACGGAAAAGUCUUCUGCGGUCUUACUACUACAGGAGAGCUAAUAGCAGUUAAACAAUUUGAGCUUGAUACUGAUGAUGAUGAUUCUGAAAAAGCUCAAUCAGACUAUGAUAAAAUACUUGAAGAAUUAAAUAUACUGAGGAAUCUUAAACAUCCGAAUAUAGUUCAGUACAAAGGUGCGUCUCUGGAGAAAAAUAUUGUUUCAAUUUUUAUGCAGUAUGUUCCCGGAGGGUCAUUAGCAACUAACAUAAAAAGAUUUGGAGCACUUGACGAAGAGAUAUUUUCUCGAUAUACUAGACAAAUAUUGGAAGGUAUUGCUUACCUACACCAAAAUGGUGUGAUCCACAGAGAUAUUAAAGGUGGUAAUAUUAUGCUAUCAGAAAAAGGUAGAAUUAAGCUUAUUGACUUUGGAUGUGCAAAACGAAUACUUGGUGUUCGAUUAGAAUGCUCCGGAAGCGAGAAAGCUUCAGGUAGAAUUCUGAUGUCAAUGAGAGGUACUCCAUAUUGGAUGGCUCCUGAAGUAAUUCAAGAAGUUGGCUGUGGUCCUAAAAGUGAUAUUUGGAGUGUUGGUUGCACCGUUUUUGAAAUGGCAACAACAAAACCUCCAUGGGCUGACAUGUCAGCAACAGCAGCCAUGUUUAACAUAGGCAGAGAGGAGAGUGAAAUACCAAAGUUAGCGGAAAGUUUUUCACCUGAAGCAAGAGAUUUUGUCAAUCAAUGCCUCACCAGAAAUCAAUCUGUUAGACCGUCAGCUCGACAGCUAUUGGAACAUAAGUUUUUGGUGGAUAGAUAUGAAAGAAAACCAAGCUCUAAGAGGAGAUAG